AUGAAGGGCAUGCGGCAGCAGGACAGUGUGCAGGCACCUGGAAACGGCAGCCAGGGAAAGCGUCGUCUUUGGGAGCAAAUGUCCCACAGGUGGUGGGCACUCUUACGUAAUUCCGUGAGACCAGAAAGAAAAAUCCCUCCUGUUGCUCCACUGACAACGGGGCAUGGUGAAGCGCUGCGGAGGCAGGUGGAGGAGCUCACUAAGGAAGCCCAGAAUAGGGAGAAGAAGAAGGAUACGUCUAGUGUAGAAGUACAGACAGACGAGUAUGCGGCGUGGUCAGAAACAGAUUAUUACUAUUAUGAAAAUUAUUACAACACUGACACUCAAGAUUGUGCAUCUGAAGUGCAGCACAAUCAAGGAGCUGAAGGCACUGAGCAUAAUGUGGCUGAAGAAUCACAGGCAGCUGGUAGCGUUCCUUUAGAGGGGGAUAGCACUGAAGUUGCUGCAGGUGGAAAAGAGGAAAACUUCACCCAGAAUUAUUCACAGGAAGCAGAAGAUACUUCAGUACCAGAGGGUUCAUUGGCAGAGAGCUUGAGAGCUGCUGCAGAAGCUGCUGUUUCACAGACUGGAUUUAUUUAUGAUGAAAAUACAGGAUUGUAUUAUGACCAUAGCACGGGAUUCUAUUAUAAUUCGGAAAAUCAGUUGUAUUAUGAUCCAGCAACUGGAAUUUAUUAUUAUUGUGAUGUGGAAAGUGGCCGAUACCAGUUUCAUUCAAGAGUGGAUCUGCAGUCUUAUCAGGCUUCUAGUACUCAACAUGCCAAGGAUAAAAAAGGGAAGAAGAAAAGAAAAGAUCCCGAGUGGAAUACCUCAAAUGAUUUUAAGGAUUUGGACACAGAAGAGCAAAAAUCUGCUAACAGUCUGAAUUGUUCUUCCACUACGGAGCAAGUACAUCCUACUGAAGAGGAAGAAUCUCCAAACACAAGAAAGAAAACUAGAACGGACGCGGACAUACGAAACAGUGUAACAGCUAAAGACUCGAUUUCUACAGACAACAUAAAUUUACAUUCAAGGAAAAGUACACCAGAUACUGGGACAUGUACAGAUGACAGUAAAACCAUAGAUACAGAAAGUGAGCCAGAAGAAGGUGAAAUUAUGGAUUCUGAGUAUGAAGAGUAUAGCAGUGAGGAGGAAGUGACAAGUGAAGAAACUGCUGAAUCAGAAGUCUCAGAAUAUGAAGAUGAAGAAAAAAUAUGGCCUCCUUGCAUCAGAGUAAUUGUAAUAAGAUCCCCAGUACUACAGACUGGAUCACUUUAUAUUAUCACAGCUGUGAAACCUGCUACAAUUGGAAGAGAAAAAGAUGUUGGACAUACACUUCAGAUUCCUGAAGUUGGAGUCAGUAAGUUCCAUGCAGAAGUGUAUUUUGACCACGAUUUGCAAAAUUAUGUCCUUGUGGAUCAAGGGAGUCAGAAUGGAACAGUUGUUAAUGGAAAUCAGAUUCUCCAGCCCAAAACAAAAUGUGAUCCCUACGUCUUGGAGCACGGAGAUGAAGUGAAGAUUGGCGAAACUGUACUUUCUUUUCAUAUACAUCCUGGCAGUGAUACUUGUGACGGUUGUGAACCGGGGCAAGUCAGAGCACAUCUUCGCCUGGAUAAGAAAAAGGAAUCAUCUGUUUGUCCAGCACUUAGCAAAGAAGAGAGAGAGUUAGUCAGAAGAAAAGCAUUAAAACAAAUAUGGGUGAAGUACGGUUUACAGAACACAGAGUAUGAAAAUAACAAAGCAGUGAAGAAUCCAAAGUACAAAGACAGAGCAGGAAAACGCAGAGAGACUGUUGGAAGUGAAGGAACUUUCCAGAGAGAUGAUACUCCAGCUUCUGUCCAUAUUGAAAUCAGCAACAGCAACAAAGGACAUAAAAUGUUGGAGAAGAUGGGAUGGAAGAAAGGAGAAGGCCUGGGCAAGGAUGGUGGCGGUAUGAAGGAUCCGAUUCACCUUCAGUUACAUAAAACACAUGCGGGUUUGGGUACAAGUAAACCAGCUUCAAUCGAAGAUGUUCAGAUCACCCAGAGCAAGAAUAAAAAGAACUGGGAUAAAGCAAGAGAAAGGUUUGCUGUAAACUUUCAAGAGGCUAAAACACAAAAAGAUACACCUAAGGUCAUGCCUUGGGUUAGAGGAACUGCAGACUAAAAGUGACUGUCCCAUAGCAGGGUAAUUUCUCUGUGUAAAUAGUUGGGAGAGAGUUUAUUUUUAUUCACUUUUUCUCUUGCUAAAGCAGCAGUUUGGUGAUAUGCAACAUACCUUUGUGAAAAACCUCUUCAAGAUUAACUCUAGUUAUGUUCAUGGGUUUUCUGUAGUCUUCACACUUUUGUAAAACUACAUUUUUAAUAAGAAAUGAAAAUUUAGAGGGGUAUUCAAAAGUAAGUACUUGAGAGUGAUUUUAUCAUGAGCAGGAAUUUUCUUCGAUUGUGUUUUUAACAUAAUACUUCAUGGAAAGUCAAAACAUUUGUUACAUUUAAACUUAAUACUCUGAACUUUGGAGCAGUGGUUUAAAAGCAAUCUCUAGGGUGGUGCUGUGGGGGUGAAAAUACUCCCCCAAAGCUGACAUGCAGAGCAGUACAAGAGCCUUUGAGAAUGGAAUUUAGUGUGAAAGUUCAACAAAAACACAUCAGUAUUAAACAUAUGCAAUUGAGUAAUACUCAAGUAUUUCAGCCUUCCUUCAGAGGAAACUAAUUUGGUUUAUAUUAACAAAUGUUGUAUUCCAUGAAGUAUCCUACCAACAUCGGUGAAGAAGAGUCUUCAGAGGACAGCCUGUAGCAAAAUUUCUUCUGUGAAGAACCUGCUUGAGCCUUGUUCAGUAAAUCUGUAUCAUACCUUUAAAAGAGGAGGUAUGUUUAAAGAACUGCUGUCUGUGUGCAUUAUUUAUUAAUUUCUUGUUCUGAUGCAUCCGUUGCUGGCAAUGGAGUUUAUGCCAGAAGAAAACCAAAAAAAACCCUACCAGAUCUUCA